GAUAUGCCUUUGAGUACCUUAUUGAAACAUUAAAUGACAGUUCACAUAAGAAGUUCUUCAAUGUACCUAGACUUGGAGGCACCAAGUAUGAUGUUCUGCCUUACUCAAUACGGGUCCUGUUGGAAGCUGCUCUGCGAAAUUGUGAUGGCUUUUUAAUGAAAAGGGAAGAUGUUUUGAACAUUUUAGACUGGAAAACCAAACAAAGCAAUGUUGAAGUGCCCUUUUUCCCUACCCGUGUUCUUCUUCAAGAUUUUACUGGAAUACCGGCAAUGGUGGAUUUUGCUGCUAUGAGGGAGGCAGUGAAAAUUCUUGGAGGUGACCCUAAGAAAGUCCAUCCUGCCUGUCCGACAGAUCUCACGGUUGAUCAUUCUUUACAAAUUGACUUCAACAAAUGUGCAAUACAGAAUGCUCCAAAUCCUGGAGGUGGUGACCUACAGAAAGCAGGAAAGCUUUCUCCACUUAGAGUGCAGCCUAAGAAGCUUCCCUGCAGAGGCCAGACUACCUGCCGAGGAUCAUGUGAUUCUGGAGAACUAGGCCGAAACUCAGGAAGAUUUUCUUCGCAGAUCGAAAGUACACCCAUUCUAUGUCCUUUUCAUUUGCAACCAGUGCCUGAACCUGAAACAGUAUUAAAAAAUCAAGAAGGAGAAUUUGGCAGAAAUUGAGAGAGGCUUCAGUUUUUCAAGUGGAGUUCAAGAGUUUUUAAGAAUGUGGCUGUAAUCCCUCCUGGAACUGGAAUGGCUCAUCAAGUAAACUUAGAGUAUUUGUGGAGAGUGGUUUUUGAAGAAAAGGACCUCCUCUUUCCGGACAGUGUCGUUGGCACAGAUUCUCAUAUAACUAUGGUGAAUGGUUUGGGGAUUCUGGGGUGGGGGGUUGGAGGUAUUGAAACAGAAGCAGUUAUGCUUGGUUUGCCAGCUUCUCUUACUUUACCAGAGGUGGUUGGAUGUGAAUUAACUGGCUCAUCGAAUCCUUUUGUUACAUCCAUAGAUGUUGUUCUUGGCAUUACAAAGCACCUCAGGCAAGUAGGAGUGGCUGGAAAGUUUGUUGAGUUUUUUGGAAGUGGAGUUUCACAGUUAUCUAUAGUAGAUCGAACUACAAUAGCAAACAUGUGUCCAGAAUAUGGUGCUAUCCUCAGCUUUUUCCCUGUUGACAAUGUGACAUUAAAACAUUUAGAACAUACAGGUUUUGACAAAGCCAAACUCAAGUCAACGGAAACAUACCUUAAAGCUGUGAAAUUGUUUUGAAGUGACCAGGAUAAUUCAAGAGAACCUGAGUAUUCCCAGGUGAUCCAGAUUAAUCUGAAUUCAAUAGUUCCAUCUGUCAGUGGUCCAAAAAGACCUCAGGAUAGAGUUGCUUUGACAGAUAUGAAAAGUGAUUUCCAAGCUUGCUUAAAUGAAAAGGUUGGAUUUAAAGGCUUCCAAAUUGCAGCUGAAAAGCAAAAUGAUAUCGUCUCUAUUCAUUAUGAAGGAAGUGAAUAUAAGCUGUCUCAUGGAUCUGUGGUCAUUGCUGCUGUUAUCAGUUGUACCAAUAAUUGCAAUCCAUCUGUCAUGCUCGCUGCAGGUCUUUUGGCUAAAAAAGCUGUUGAAGCUGGUCUGCAUGUUAAACCUUAUAUAAGAACAAGUUUACCUCCAGGCAGUGGGAUGGCUACAUAUUACCUCAGUUCAAGUGGAGUAUUACCAUAUCUUAGUAAGCUCGGAUUUGAAAUCGUUGGCUAUGGAUGUUCAACAUGUGUGGGAAAUACAGCACCCUUAUCAGAAGCAGUUUUAAAUGCAGUAAAACAGGGUGAUUUGGUUACUUGUGGAGUUUUAUCUGGAAAUAAAAAUUUUGAAGGUCGUCUUUGUGAUUGUGUUCGUGCCAAUUAUCUUGCCUCUCCACCCUUAGUGGUAGCUUAUGCCAUAGAAGGCACAGUGAAUAUAGAUUUCCAGACAGAGCCUUUAGGUACUGACGCUACUGGCAGGAAUAUUUAUCUACAUGAUAUUUGGCCUAGUUGAGAAGAAGUUCAUCAGAUAGAGGAAGAACAUGUUGUAUUUUCCAUGUUUAAAGCAUUAAAAGAGAAGACAGAGAUGGGAAAUAAAUGGUGGAAUUCUUUAGAAGCACCAGAUUCAGUUUUGUUUCCAUGGGAUUUAAAGUCUACUUAUAUCAGAUGUCCUUCAUUUUUUGAUAAGUUUACCAUAGAGCCAGUUGCACUCCAGCCUAUUGAAAAUGCCCAUGUCUUAUUAUAUCUGGGAGAAUCUGUCACGACAGAUCAUAUAUCACCUGCUGGAAGCAUUGCUAGGAGUAGUCCUGCUGCUAAGUAUUUGACAAACAGAGACCUUACCCCUCGUGAAUUCAACUCUUAUGGAGCCCGAAGAGAUAAUGAUGCUGUGAUGACAAGAGGCACUUUUGCAAAUAUCAAGCUUUUUAAUAAGUUCAUUGGAAAACCAGCUCCCAAAACAGUUCAUUUUCCAUCAGGACAGACGCUAGAUGUAUUUGAGGCUGCAGAGCUGUACCAGAAGGAAGGUAUCCCACUGAUUAUUUUAGCAGGGAAGAAAUAUGGUUCAGGAAAUUCAAGAGAUUGGGCUGCCAUAGGGCCAUACUUGCUGGUAUUGAUUCUUAAAUUUUAUCUUAAACUUCAAAGAGCUUUAAAUAUUCUCUUUUGUCAGUAACAUCCUGUCAAAGUUCAUUUUCCCCAUUUAGACUUUUUAUGCCUACUUGGAUCUCAUCUGUGGGUGUUUUUAAGUGACCUUAUAUAAUAUGCUGUACUAAUCUAGUUGCAUUUUAAUACUCUGAAUUUAAUUAAACCUACAUCAGUCUUAUUUGU